GUCAGUCUAUUUGCUUAUGUGUUUUAAUUCUUAAUCUUCACUGUUUACCUGGCGUUGUCUGAGAACAGGUUUGUGGCCAUCCUGGAAUUCAACCUCUGGGCAAGGUUCUUCCCUGCUGCCGCCAAAGCAGCACACAGCUGGACUAAGUCAAAAGCGGGCAGCUGGGACAUUUCUCCUAGUCAGUCAUUUUCCUCAGCGCAGGCAGAUGGAUACCUCAGGCGAGAAUAUGGAGCCUCAAAGGCAGACUUUGAAGCCAGUGAUGCCUCUGUCUUUGGGAAGAUACCACAUUUCUGAGGAGUAUGGCUUUCUACUUCAGAAUCCUCUGAAAGAACUUCCCGAUCAGUACAGGCCUUGGAUGGAAAUUGCCAGUGAACUUCCUCACUUAAUCGAGAGCCACCAGCUCCGGGCCCACGUGUACAAGAUGCCCCUCCUGGACUGCAGGUUCCUAAAGGGUCAUCGUGAGCAACGCCUCGCACACCUGGUGCUGGCCGCUAUCACCAUGGGAUUCGUUUGGCAAGAAGGAGAGACCCAGCCCCCAAAGGUGCUGCCAAGAACUCUUGCCAUUCCUUUUGUUGAAGUCUCCAGGAAGUUGGGGCUCCCUCCCAUCCUGGUCCACUCUGACCUGGUGCUGACAAACUGGACCAAAAGGAACCCAGAAGGACCAUGGGAAAUCAGUAACCUGGAAACCAUCAUCUCUUUUCCCGGGGGAGAGAGCCUGCAGGCCUUCGUACUGGUGACCGUUUUGGUGGAGAAGGCAGCCGUGCCUGGCAUUAAGGCCCUGGUUCGGGGAGUGGAGGCCGUUCUGCAACACAACCAGGACACCCUGCUCCAGGCCCUGCAGCAGCUGAGACUCUCUAUCCAGGACAUGGCUAAAGCCUUGGCCCAAAUGCAUGAUUAUGUAGACCCAGACAUAUUUUACACGGUCAUCCGGAUCUUCGUCUCUGGGUGGAAGGACAACCCAGCCAUGCCUGAAGGGCUGGUCUAUGAGGGUGUGGCCAUGGAGCCUUUGAGGUACUCAGGAGGAAGUGCAGCCCAGAGCUCUGUGCUUCAGGCCUUCGAUGAGUUCCUGGGCAUUCGGCAUUGCAAGGGAAGUGGCUUUCUGCACAGAAUGAGAGACUACAUGCCGCCUUCCCAUAAGGCCUUCCUGGAGGACCUGCAUUCAGCUCCUUCGCUGAGGGACUACAUACUGACCUCUGGCGCUGGGUGCUGCCUGAUGGCCUACAACCAGUGUGUGGAGGCGCUGGCGCAGCUGCGCAGUUACCACAUCAAUGUAGUGGCACGUUACAUCAUCUCCGCUGCUUCUAGGGCCAGGAGCAAGAUGCUGAGCCAUCCCUCGCCCCAUGCCUUGGAGGACAGGGGCACUGGGGGAACUGAAGUGCUAAGCUUCCUGAAGAGCGUCAGGGAGAAGACCGUGGAGGCCAUCCUGCACCCCAAUGCUUAACAGUUCACACCCCACAUCCUUGUGCUUAGCAGGUCACACCCUGCAUCCUUGUGCUUAGCAGGUCACACCCUGCAUCCUUGUGUUUAUGCCCUGUGGGAGUUCGAGCCAGGACCAGAGCUCUGCCUGAACCCAAGCAUCCUUUUGCUCCAAAAACCUCCAUGUUUUUUGUUCAUAGGCUCCUGCUUCCACCCCACCCUCAGCCAUUUUGUUUGCUAGAAACCUUUCUGCCCUGCCCAAUCCCCCUGCCUCAUAGCCGAGAGCUGGUCAUGUCUCCAUUCAGUGGGCAAGUCAGAGAUACCCAAGCUCAAUUUUAAAAGAAUCAAAUUGCCUUUGGGCUUCUCAGCUCAUCUUUUCCUCCUCUCAAUCUUUUUUCCCCUUCCCUCUCUGUUCCCUCCCUCUCUCAUCCCCCCACUUUCUCCUUUCUUGUCUCCCAGUGUUUACUCCUUUUUCCUCUUCUUCCCUCUGUCCCCAUCCCUCCUCCCCUUCUUCCCUCUCUUUAUCUUUGACCCAGGAUCAAACUAUAUACUCCAGACCAGCUUCCAGCUAGAACCUGUGAUCCCCCUACCUCAACCUUCUGAGGUUAUACAUAUGUACUAACUGCCGUGAACUCUUUUCAUUUAUUUUCUUUUGCCCUGCUGGAAAUUAAACCUAAGGUUUCGUACACACCAGGCAAUUGCUGCACCACUGAGCUCCAGUCCCAGCUCUCUGUGUUUCUGAUUUUGAAAGUCUUAUGAGUUUCUUGGGCUGGUUUUGAGCUUUUUUUUUUUUUUUUAGCUCUUGCAAGACUUAGUGUUUGAGUAUCUGGGAUAAGCCAGUGAGCCAUGACGCUGCUGCUGACGAUGAUGAUAAUGAUGGUUGCCCCCCCCCCCGCUUCCUCUUUGUUUAUUUUUGGUUUUGAAACAGGUUCUUACUAUGUUUUAGCUCAGGUUGCCUUCGACUCAAGGCAAUCCUCCAAUCUCAGCCUCCCCUGCACUGGGACUGUAAGCAUGGUCCACCACAGCUGGCUGUAGAGGCUCAUAAUUCUCUAAGAACCCACCAUGCUGCUGUACAGAGCCUUGGUCUGGGGACCGUCUGUGAACAGGGACAGCCUUCUCCUCCCUGCCCACGCUGAAUUCAACACUGAGGGUUAGAUGCUCCAGUGGGGACAUGUGGGUGAGGGUGCUGGGCAUACAAACCUAAAUGUCACCAGCAUGGGGACUCUCUGCGACUGAACUGGAACUGAUGUAUCUUCCCCACAUGGUGGAGUCAUUGCGAAUUCUAUUUUAAUUCUCUGUUCUAUUUUUAGGGCAAUGUUUUUCUUUUUCCUAGUGACACUGGAAUUUGUAUUUGAAAAAUGCUUUAAUUGACCCUUUGAAACUAAGUGAGCCAAAUAGGAAUAAAUAGAAGGCCCACAUGUUUCGGGUAUAAAUAAAUGUAGCGGUUAUUUUUGAAGUUGCUAGCUCUAGGUCUUACUCUACCUGACAGCAGACACCUCAGAUUUCGCCAGUUUAAAGCCAGUUUCUUUAACUAGGGUUCCCCAACGUUUCAAAUGCAUAUGUGUACACACACACCUGCACCAGACUUUCCUUCCAUUGUCCUGUCUAGGAGGGGAGCAUCAGUGAGGACCAUUCGAUCAUUGCCCAGCCUCUUCCAAAUGCUUGGCCCCUGUGCGGAUCCAGAUCAGGUGGACCUAGCAGCCCGGUUCAUCGUAUCUAAAAAGGCUUUCGGUCUCCAUGGUCCUGCCAUUCCAUAGUCCCUGCCACCAUAAGGACACAUGAGAUUGGCUUAGGGUUUCUACUUUUCAGUACCUGGGGGAGAGAUAGAAUGCUAGCUCCAAAAGAGGGCUCAAGUCAGGUCCUGCCCCAAGGCACUGGGGCUCUUCCUGUCUCAUAUCCCUUGGGCUCCAUCCGGCAAAGAUUGGGAGGCACACCUGACCAUAAGGACUUUUCAGAGACCCAGGGUCACACUCCUCUGUCACUGCUCUUGCUGCUCCUCUUCCUGGUGUAGGGCUUAGCAGCGCCCUCGUCUCUUGUUCUGUUCAGAGCCUCAGCCUGAGCUUAUAAAGACUCAAAAAAAUCCUUCCUCUCCACCUGACAUCCUUGUCUCCUGCUGAAGUCUCUCUUGCAGCUCCACAUAGGGGCACAGAUGUACUUGUUUAUCUCAAAUGUUUCUCUGGGUUGAACCAUGUGCGUUAUGGGUCCAGGAAGUAUCUAAGAGGGAGACUGGUUACCUCCAUGUCCCCGCCCCUUGCUGUCCCCAAAGAGUGGGGCCUUCAAGGUAAGACCUAGAUUCCCAUUCCAUGGCUCUCAUUUUUGAAACAAUGUGAUUGGUUUUCAAUCAGUCCCACAGAGAAACUGAUCCUUGGUUUCUUACUCAUUAUGAAAUGAAGAUAUCAAGUCUCGGGAUGGAUAGAAAAGAAGGGAUAGAGUCUGGGGCAAAGUGUGUUGUAAAGUCUGGGGCUUGGGUGCAUUUCUCAGGGGUGUUGCCCCUGUUACCAGUGCAGGAGACAGGAAGACACUGGUUCUUCACACAUGGUUGGAGUGAGUUUUACUUAUUUUUAAGAAGAGUACUACAGACACAGAUGAUUUUAACAUCCAGACAGCAAAACCAUUAAAGCCACAAAGCUAGGCAGCAGGAGGGUGCUUACAGCUCCGGUCUGCCUUGACUCUGAGCUAGCUCUGAGCUGUCCUUCAAGAGGGACACGGCCCUCUCAGCUGUCAAGGUGUGAAGUCAAGGCAGCGAGUCCCAAACCGAGUCUUCUCUGGCUCAUUUGGAAACUGCCAUUCACUGUUUCCAAAUAAGUGUUGAAGUAAAGCCCCUCCGGGAAGACAAAAGGGGAAGGAGAAGAAAAAGAACCAACACUAACUCCAGCUGUGCAUGGACACAACCUUCUAAGGACCAGCAUCCUCCUGUCUCCUGCAUUGGUGAAGGAGCAACAGCCUAAGAGGGUCUUGUGCACACAGUUCUGACCGUGGGGGCCUAUCCCUGUCUCCACGGAUGAGGGUUCACCCUUCAUCAGUGUCCUCAAAACCCAGAGGAGGAAAGAAGGGGGAGAGGUAAGGCAAGGGAAGGGAAGACAGAAAAGAAGGGGGUUGGGACUUCGAGAUUAUAUUCCAGAUCUGAUUGAAGUUUGGGAUCGGGGAGAAAACAUUCUGUACCUGCCAGUCAGUAAUCGCUCCCAGAACGAGGAACCCAUCCCGAACGCAGUCCUGCCUAUUCCCAUGGACAGAUGUUGUAUUUGCUGUGCUAAUGGAGGAGACGCUUGUCUUCCUUCGCUCAUUUAACAGUAAACUUAAUAAAGAAGUCGGAUUUUACUACUUUCUGAGACGCGAUCGCUAGUUAGUCACUGCAAUUUAGCAUCUGUUGCCUGCGAACAUUAAAAACUGAUUUCUUGAGUGUACGCAUCAUCAAAAAAUAAAUGAGUUUUUUUCUUUUUCGCGAA